UUCCUCCCUUUUUUUAUUAUUUUUGUACUUUGUUCGCGAUUUUUGUUUUCAUGCUUUUUAUCAUUUAAUCUUUUUAUCAUUGAUCAUUUUUCUAAUAAUUACCCAUUUUUUCAGUCAGAAAUAUGGCAAAUACCAGUGCUAACGUCGACGGCUCCCCACACCAACCCACAAAUGGAAUCAAUUCCAAAUUUCCAUCACCACCAAAAAAGCCGUCGAGUAAACGACCACCAGGUUCCCGUUCAAAAUGGUCUCAAUGUUCUACACCAGAAAAGUUUUGUUGGUUAGCGGCAAUUCCUUUUCGAACGUUGCUCUGUUUGGUGAAUAUUUUCUGUUUUGUGUUUGCCUACUUUGGUUUUAUGCUGCCUGUGCUGUGGGCAAGAAAGUUGUGGCCGAGAUUUUAUUGGGGAUAUGAAGGGAAGCUUUAUAUGUGGCUGCAAGCUUUUGUUGCGUAUUGGGGAUAUACUGCAGAUUAUGAUGUUUAUGAGUAUGGAGACGAUAUUCGCAAAUAUGCUGCGAAGGGAAGGGUUUUGGUUAUAGUCAACCAUCAAAGCUCUGCUGAUGUCAAUAUUUUGUUUACUGUUCUGCAAACUAAAGGAGUUGCUACUAGAAAGACAAUUUGGCUGAUGGAUGUUAUGUUUCGUUGGACGCCUUUUGGUAUUAUUGGCCAGAUGCAUGGAGAUUAUUUUAUUCGUCAAGGCAAAGCUUCGAGGGAAAAGGAAUUAAUUAAUUUAAAGAAGCAUUUGAGAAAGGUCUUUUGGGAUAGAGACAGGCGUUGGGUUAUUCUAUUCCCUGAAGGAGGAUUUUACUAUAAGAGGAAGGAGGACAGCCAGAAGUACGGACGUAAACACGGUUUCCCUCACUUGGAAUGGUGCACUCUUCCACGCAUUGGAGCCAUCAAAGCCAUUUUAGAGGAAGUUGGCCCUCGUGGAGAUGAUAGUGAUAGCGGUGUGGAUAAUGGACGUACGCGAAAAGUUCGCUCUGGAAUUCAGUUACUUAAAGAUGCUGUUGGGGAAAUUCGUGAGAAGAAACAUGUUAAAGAAACGCGUCCUCCUAUCACUCAUAUUCUCGAUGUUACCAUUGCCUAUCCAAACGGACAUCCUUUGAGUAUUCUUACUUUGUGCUUUGGAACGAGGGAACAAUGCGAUAUUGCCGUCCAUUACAAGAUGCAUUCCGUUGAUGAGGUCCCAUUCAAUGAUGAUAUUAAACUUCGUGAUUGGCUUUAUGCUCAAUAUGCUAAAAAAGACAAACUUUUGGCCAAUUAUUAUCAAAAUGGAGAAUUUGAGCCAGACGAGCCUGGAGAACGUAUUGUCUUUUCGUGGACGCGUAUUGUUGGGCAUUGGGCUUUUUGGUUGACAAGUUUUUUGAUUCAAUGCAAAAUUUAUUAUUUGGUGCUACGCUUUAUUUUUUCUUUUUUGAUGUCUAUUUAGGAAGGAUUAUGAGAGGUUUUUAUAUAAUUAUUUACUCCAAAAAUUAUUAUUUUUUUGUAUAAUCCCAAUGAGGCAUAAAAAACUCUGAAAAUUUAAGAAGGGGUUUUUAAUAUUAAAUGCAUCAAUCACCGGUUUUAUUUUCUCUUUUUUCUCUUUUUUCUCUUUUUUUUUAAUUUUUGAGGGAUAGAGGUUGGGUUGACUGAUAGGAGAAAAGGAAGUUGGUUAUUUGGUGGAAAAUUUCUGGGAUUUGUUUUUUAGAAAAUUGGGCUUUUGAAAGGUUCUCAUGUCAGGUUUAGGAGUUUGGGUCUAAAAAGAGACCUUGAUUUUUUGUGUAUUUUAUCGGUUAAACCCGGCUCAUCCGUACUUUUAAUAAAAAAGGGGAGGGUCAGAAUUUUUAAGAAAAUUUCCUUUAAUUUUUGAAUUCCUCUAUUUAAUUUUGGAGCUUUUUUUGAAUGUUCUGACCCUCCACCUCUUUCUCUCUCAAUUCAAAUUUAUUUGUACUCUGGCCUUUGUGCCGUUUAUACAUAUUAUUCUAUAUGUAGUUUUGAUCUUCCUUCAAAAAUGACCUAAAAAAAUUUUUUUGAAAAAUAUUUUCCGUUUCCUUUUUCUCCUUUUUUUGCUUUUAUAGCAAUAGUGAAAAUGUUUAGACUUUUUAGUUGGUGCAAGAAACAAAAUUUUUUUAAAGAAAUCUUGGCCCUCUUUCACGAUUAUUUUUUUGUAAUUUUUAAAGAACUUUUUUUGCACCUAUACCUCUCUCAUUAUUAUUUUUCUUCUCUUUCCGAAUUUUCUGUUUCAAAAUUUUUUUUUGAAUUUUCUUCUCUUAAAUAUUUCGCUCAUAAUUAAUUAUUUCCAAAAUUUUUUUUUUAUUUUUUCCUUCUCUUAUUCUCAAAAAAAUAUUUUUUGGCUUUUUAAA